CUCAGCUGUUUACUUUCAUUUUAGACAUAACCAACUGAGUCUAUACAUAAACCUGGUGUGUUUUGACAGUAUUAGCACAAAACAUAACUUAGUUCAGUAAUCAGGCGCUGUUUGACGGGCUUUUUAGAGCACGCGCUUUGGGUGUAUGUGCUCAGAAAAGGCGCUCAUCAGAACAGCACACAAAUGAAACGUUUAACCGAGUUGUUCUGAUCAAAGAUGUUCCUGGAGCAACACUUGGAGCUUCCAGAGAAGCAGAGAGAGUGGCACCUGGCAGAACAGAUGUUGGCAGUUUGGUGCAGGGUGAGGAGGUUGUUGCCCAUGGCCUGACCUGACAUGUCAGGGUUGACGACAAAGUGGAAGGUGGAAGUCCUGUCCCAAGCUCACCAUGCAUUAACAUCUCCUGUUUGGCUCCUGGACAUGGCCUGUGUCUGAGUUAAGGGCAAACUCAGGGCAGGGUUAAGGGCAGCACAUCCACUUGCAGUUUCAUCCUGUAGUUACUGUACCUAUUUGAUAUGGCACAAAUAUCAGGAUUACCUGAAUCUGAGAACUGCAUGAAUACAUUGUAAAAUUACACUUACAACUGGAUGUGGCCCGCUGAUCUCAAACAGUUGAAUCUGUUUGUCACUAUCAGGCGGUCUAUCCCACACCUGGACAAUGUCAGCGGCUUCCCAUCCGAUAAAACAAAAUUAAAUAGAAAUUAGAAUAAACAUUUAUCUGUGUUACUAAGAAAACAACAAAGCAUGGCAUUAUAAACACUACCCAUGUAUUCUCUCUGCUUUGAGUCCACUUAUACAAGACGGCUGCCAAGAACACACUGACUGAGCUCAUUGAGGCUGUGUUGGAGCGAGGCACUGUAGCAGCUCAGUGACGAUGGGUGCUCGUGUAUGGCGGCGGCAAGAUCCACCACUCCAAACCCUCCAGCAGAUAAGCCUGGAAAUUUUCCAGUGGAAAAGGCCCCGAUUUCGUCGAAUGACCCAUAAAUGAAUCAUCACGAAAACACUUGAGGUUGAUGUGGAUGAUCUUACCGGGUAUGAAGCGGUUGAGGUGGAAAGGACUCCAGGGAUGUGGACCCUCGAGCGCAGCAGUAGACAGGAAGUGUGAGUCCUCCCUUUGUAAUACUUCCUGUCUGGCUGUACAGCUGCAGUCCAGGUGGGUCCUGGAUGCAAGGAAGAUGCUGCUUUCGGGUGUCCAAUAUGACGGCCAUCCUCUCCUGGUUCAUCAAGGGGAGGCUAAUGGUUUCCAUCGCAUCCUUGAAGGCCUUCAGUAUCUCUCCAAUCAGCUGCUCUGUCUCCUCUACGCCACAUGUGCAGCGGCAACAGUGCUGCGCCAGCUGUUUGGAGGUUCAGGUGAAACACCAGGAAGAAGAAUCCAGCACUGGAUGAUCAGCCUUGAGGAGCACAUCAUUUGUGAGGGCAUCCAGACGGCUUUUCUGUCUGGGUUUGCAGCUGAUUUUUCUACUUACAACAAUUUCAAUCUUCAAUACCAAGCUGAAGUCACAUGCACGUUGGAAUUUAUUCAAAGGUGGUUCAUUGAGAUAAAUCCGGAAAAGGUGACCAAGGCUGGAGGAGUCAUAUCAAAGCGGAUGGAGAAGGUCACACAGAAAAAGAAAACCGUGAACCCUCGUGUCUCCAGUCUACUUAAAAUAAAUUGAUGGAUUUUGAGUUGGACUUUAUACAAGUAUUACACACCACAGACCACACACACACUCACAUCACACACGUUUGUUUUUGUGAAAAGUGGGGACAUCCCAUAAGCGUAAUGGUUUUUAUACUGUACAAACUGUAUGUGCUAUUGCCCUACACCAACCCUACACCUAACCCUACCCCUUACAUGAAACUUUGUGCUAUUUCAGAUUUUCAAUACACUCCAUUCUGUGUGAUUUAUAAGCGUUUUGAAAAGUGGGGACAUUGGGUAAUGUCCUGAAAAGUCACCUUCUCCUUGUAAUACCUGUCAUUGUGCAAAUUUAUGUCCUCAUUUAUCACAAAAAAACAAGCACACACACACACACACACACACACUCACACUGUCACGAAUCCAGUCGGCACUUCCAUUUACCCUCCACCAGAGGUCACUCGCUCACCACAUGGACUUCACACCAUACAUAACACUGGACUUCAUUUCCCAUCAUCCAACACUGAUCACAGCUGUCACUGAUCACUCAUUGCACUAAUCACAGGCACACCUGAUCCCACGCACACACUGAUCACACACCUUAUAUAAACCCUGGACUUUGUUUCCCUCGUUGCCGAGUAUUGUUUGCGUUUACCGCUCCCCUAGCUGUAGCAACUUUCAGAGCCCUUGUUAGUGUCUUAGUCUUGCCUGUUCUCCCGUGUUUGUCUCUAGCCUGUGUUCCCUGGAUUAACCCUUGCCUUGCCGUUUGGAUAUUGUUUGCACCCCUACUGGACUCUAGCCCGUUUUACCUGGAUUAUCUCUCUGCCUAGCCCCUCUGGAUACUGUUUGCCGAUCGUCGACCUUCGCUUGCCUUAGGAUUACUCUUUGUCUUGUCCCUGCCAUACCUGUUUGCCAUUGU